UGUCUUUUAUCUUUACAAAAUAAAAUCGUGCUGUAUUCAAACAAUUGAGAUUUAUACUUAGCUGUCAAUUGAAGUUUUUUUUAGCUGUUUGUGUACUUUCAAACACAUUUUUAUCGUUGCGAUGUUCUAUCGAUGACUCUGAGAGGUUUUGUAAAGAAGAGCCGAAGUUAUUACAAGUUCAACCCGGGAGAAACUGCAGCUGUUUUCCAGAUGGAGGGCAACACGCGUACCUGGAGUGAAAUUCUACAAGAUCCGGACUACAAACGAUUCGCGGACGAGUUUCCUUCCAUUUACACAAACCACUGGUUGAGCAAAGCUGAUGAAAAGUUCAAACAACUUCAGAUGCCCUACAUGGCAGAGCACGUGAACAGAAUAGUGGAGUUAUUGAAGCUGGAUGAAACUGAUGUGUUCAUUGAUUUAACAGAUAAUGACCACUCAAUAGCAGCCGCAAUACGCGAUCAAAUUAAGUUCAACGAGAACACAUUCUGCAUUGGGAAGCCCUUCAAACAACUGGCUGAGUGUGUGGUGCAGCACCCCUCCUUAGUGCCCCUCUACUCCGAGAGUACUCUGGUGGCCCAGGACAUGUCCCACUUUGAAGUAUUCCACAUCAACAAGGUCCUCAUCACUGCCGAGACCAUUGCCAACAAUAACAACCAUAUCACUGAUUUGCUGAAAACCUUGUCCAAAAACCUGCCAGAAGACUGGAGGAUUCUGAUCGUGUACCGUCCGGAGCACACAUACUUGCCACUGUUCGAAGGAGCCAGACAAGAGAUGAUCAAGACUCAACUGUCCACAGAUGACCUAAGAAAGCAAAUCCGAGCAGCUGGACUGGACAAGAUCUCUAUCGAACUUCACCAUUACCAGACUGAAGUUGAGUACGAAACAUGGCUGGCAAUGCUACGUUCCAGACACUUCUCCUUUCUCAGGAAUCUGAGAGCGGAAGAAGUAGAAGACGGGAUCGAGUUUGAAAUUGAGCCCAAAUAUUCGGACAUGGACAAAAUUUCUUUCAAAGACAGCUUUGUAUACUUAACUGUACUGCCAACUUCGUGAAAUUCCUAUCAAAAAAUCAUAAACCUACAAAAAUAAAAAAUUUUGCAAUUAACUUUUCGCCGCUUUUCUGCCCAACUAUAAUACGCAUAUC